UUUCCCUUCGUUUGCCUCCGUCUUCUUCCUCGCCUUUAACAAGGCCGCAAUAACAAACUCACGCGCGAUUCCGUGCGGUAUCAAGGGCUGAGUUUCUACUUCCUGCCCACCAACCACCGACGCAACGCAACUGUACUCUGCUGCACUCGAGAGCGCGCGCGUGCGAGUGUCGGUGUUGUCGGGGAGAAUCCGGAGGGAUGGGGAUGGGGAUGGGGACGGAGUGGGCGGAGCCGGCGCCGGUGCCGGCGGCGCAGAGGAAGGUGGCGGGCGGGAGGAUGGCUCUGAAGCUGCUGCUGUCCGUGCUCCUCGCUGGCCUCGCGCUGCGGCUGCUCGCUGACCACUCAGCCUCCUAUCAUCUGCCGCCCACCGCCUCGCCGGAGGAGGCCGCGGCGCUUGCCGUGACGGCGCCGGCGCCUGCGCGGGAUGCUGACGGCGAGAUAUCUCCCAAGGGUGUGGGAAGGUGUGAUCUUUUCCAUGGGGAAUGGGUUCCCGAUUCAUCUGGCCCAGCUUAUAAUAAUGCAAGCUGCCGAUUCAUUGAGAUUCCACAGAACUGUAUGACAAAUGGAAGGCCUGAUGAUGGUUAUCUUUACUGGAGAUGGAAGCCAUAUGGUUGUGACAUAGUGCCGUUUGACGGCAAGACGUUUUUGGAGGGCAUGCGGGGCAAACAUUGGGCACUAGUUGGCGAUUUGCUCCUCCGCAAUCACGUCCAGUCAUUGCUUUGCCUUCUUUCUAAGGUCGAAGUUCCCACUGAGGUCUACCAUGAUAGAACUUACAAAUCCCGGAGAUGGCACUUCCCUUCGCACAAUUUCACGCUCUCGCUUGUCUGGGCACCAUUUCUGAUCAAGGCUGAUAUAUUCGAGGAUGAUAAUGGAGUGUCGUCUGCUGCGCCCCAACUGCAUUUUGGCAAUCUUGACACAAAUUGGAUGAGUCAAUGGGACAGCUUUGACUAUGUUGUGAUAUCAACAGGGCAAUGGUUCUUCAAAAUCGCGGUCUACCUGGAAAAUGGAAGUGCAAUUGGCUGCCACUAUUGCCAGGAUAAGAACCUGAGGGAGAUAACUACCGGGGACUCCUUUCGCAGGGCUCUCAGGGAUACUUUCCAGUUCAUAACGAAAUCACCUCACAAACCAGUGGUCUUCUAUAGGACAUGGUCGCCAUCACAUUUUGAGAACGGUGAAUGGUCCAGUGGUGGGACUUGCAACAGAACGGUACCAUUCAAACCACGGCAGAGCGGUGAUAGAGCAAUGGACAAUUUUAUGUGGAGGAUCGAGAGAGCGGAGUUUGCCAAGGCGGUGGCAGAUGAUGGGGCUAGCAAUGCUGGUCGUCUGAAGCUGCUCGACACAUUUGAGCUCUCGCUGCUAAGGCCUGAUGGGCAUGCCGGGCCUUACAGAGCAUAUGAUCCUUUUGGGAAGGGCAGUACAGGCAAAAUAGAGUAUGACUGCCUGGGAUGGUGCUUGCCUGGACCAAUAGAUACAUGGAACGAUAUCAUCAUGCAGAUGUUGGGAAAUGACUUGAAACCUCCUCCUCACCCGCGAGCAUGAUCAGGUCAUCUGAUUUUGACAUGGUGCCGAUCCAGACCAGAUCGCCCGUAAUGUAAGUUUUUAUUUUUUUUUAUAUAUAAAAGGGCGGGUUUGUAAGUUCCUGGGUAAUGGAUAGAAUGGAGUGCCUCCUGCUGGCAUGCGUUUAUCAGUUCACGACGUCCAGCAGAUGUAGGGAGCUUCAAUCUCCUUCCGUCCUUCGGAAAUGAAUUUUUCCCAGGGUUGUGUUGUAACUUGUGAAAGGGAUCAUGUCAACAGUUCUAGCAGAAUUACUCUUUUGAGGCAAUGCCAGGUGCUCGUGUUACUUAGCAUGUGCUUCGGUUUGAAAAGGCUGGUGUUUUACAUAAAUGAUGCAACAGAUUUUACACCUCAGUUGCUUCUAAAAGCAAAGAAUGUAAAAUUGGAACAAA